AUGUCAAAAAAUUCCUUAGUUAAUAAUUUUAUUAUAUUAUGGAUCUUACUUCAAGUGAUUAUAAUUGAAGUAAAUUGUCAAAUGGCACCUAUUAAGCCAAGUGUAUCAUUCGAUCAUACUGCUACAUUUAUUGAUAAUAAAUUGUAUAUUUUGGGUGGUCUCAAUAUAAAGGAAAAUUAUGUCGGAAAAGAAUUUUUUUAUCUUGAUGUUUCUGUUCCAUUUAAUACACAAAAUUUAUUAUGGAAAGACUUAACAAAUAUUAAUAUGCUUCCACCACAUAGUUCUGCAACAUCAGUUGCAAAUAAUGAUACAAUAUUUUUAUACGGAGGCUUUAGACCUGAUAAAACAAUGGCAUUGGUUUACACAUUUAACACACGAACUAGUUCAUGGAGUAUUCCAAAAAUAGCCGGAGUUGUUGCUAUUGCGCAAGUUGUUUUAAAAGGCAUUUUGGCUCCUAAUGAAAAGUUAUAUUUAUUUGGUGGAUAUUCUAGUAGAAAAGCUUAUGCAAAUGAUAUGACUAUUUUAGAUACGGUAAAUCUUAAUUGGGAAAAGGGAAGUUUAGUUAAUGCACCAACUCCGAGAAGUUCGCUUUAUUACCCGACAAUAAGAUUAUUUAUAUGGGUAAGUGGUAAUGAUGAUAUUACUCUUUCAUAUGAUCCUAAAACUUUGCUUAUUCAUGAAAAUCGUCUCACUAUAACAUUAAAUGAGGUCUACAUUUAUGAUAUAAUUAAUGAUAGCUGGAAUACAGAAAAAACAACAGGAAAUAUCCCUUCUAAUAGAGGCAGUUUUUCUGCUGUCCUUGGUUUAGAUGGUCAAAAAGUCAUAAUUUAUGGAGGUUACUUCAAUGAUCCUGGAUAUUUAGACAAUUCACUUUAUGUAUUAGAUUUGACAAAUUUUAAUUGGUAUAUUCCAAAAACUAGUGGAAAUAUUCCAGAACCAAGAGCCAGGCAUCAAGCAAAUGUUAUUGGGAAAUAUAUGGUUAUAUCAUUUGGACAUGGUUAUGAUAAAUCAGUUGAAAGUGAUAUAUUAUUACUUGAUAUUAGUAAUAAUGAAGAAUAUAUAUGGACAACAAUAUUUGAUCCUCCAAAACCAAAUGUUAUUAUACCAUCAUCAUCAUCGAAUUCAUCACUGCCUUCAUCAUCAACAACAUCAUUACCUUCAUCAUCACAAACAUCAAUAACCACAUCACCUUCUCCUUACUUACCAUUACCUUCAUCAUCACAAACAUCAAUUGGUACAAUUGUGGGGUUCUUGGUAAGUGGUAUUUUCUUAUUAGUUGGAAGUUUCUUUAUAUAUAAAUGGAAUAAAAAUAGGAAGAAACAAAAAACUAAUCAUGGGAAAGAUAAUUUUGGUCAAGAAGAAAUAGAAAUUCCUAUUGAAAAAGUCAAUAAUAAUGAGCAAGAAAUUAUUCAAGUACCUUUAAAUGAAAAAACCAUUAACCAUGAACCAACAAUAAUUCCAGUUCCAGUAAUUAAUGAGAAUAUUGAUUAUCAUGGACGAGAAAUUAUGGAAAUAUCCAAAAAUGAAAAUACAAUUAAUAAUGAACAAAUAAUAAUUCCAGUUCCAGUAAUUAAUGAAAAUAAUGAUUAUCAUGGACAAGAAAUUAUGGUAAUAUCAAAAAACGAAAAUACAAUUAAUCAUGAACCAACAAUAAUUCCAGUUCCAGUAAUUAAUGAGAAUAAUGAUUAUCAUGAACGAGAAAUUAUGGAAACACCCAACAACGAAAAUACAAUUAAUCAUGAACCAACAAUAAUUCCGGCUUCAGUAAUUAAUGAGGAUGAUUAUCAUGAACAAGAAAUUAUGGAAACACCCAACAACAAAAAUACAAUUAACCAUGAACCAACAAUAAUUCCGGCUUCAGUAAUUAAUGAGGAUUAUCAUGAACAAGAAAUUAUAACACCCAACAAUGAAAAUACAAUUAAUCAUGAACCAACAAUAAUUCCGGCUUCAGUAAUUAAUAAGAAUAAUGAUCAUCAUGGACGAGAAAUCAUGGAAACAUCCAAAAAUGAAAAUACCACUAAUCAUGAACCAAUAUUAAUUCCAACUCUAGUUAUUAAUGAAGAUAAUGGUUAUCAUGAAAAAGAAAUCAGUUUAACAUACGAAAAUGGUAAUACAACCAACCAUGAACCAGUACUAAUUCCAACAAAUGGGCAAACGCUCGAAUAUGAAUCUACAACUAAUCAUGAACCAAGAAUUCCAACCUCAGCAUUAGUUACUAGUAAUCAUAAUCAGCAAGAAGUAAUUUCAACAUCCAAUCAUGACAGAUUAUUAUUACAACUUUUUAAGGAUGAAAUGCUUCAAGCUGUCAAACAAGAAAUCAGCCAAAAUUUGAAAAAUGAAAUUAUUCAAGCGGUCAGAGGAGAAAAUCUUAAUAAUAAUAAUAUUACAAAAAAUAAUGAAAAACAAGAUUAG